CACGGGGGGACCACUCAGCGACCCCACCCACCCAUCCACAAACACGGACGGACAGGCGGACAGUAGUAGUUCAGCUGAGUGCGUUGCGAGGGCGUCUGGUCACAGUUCUUGCAAGCUCUAGACCCACGCACCCUCCCUUUGUUACUCCCCUAUACCUGGACCUUUCCGAAGAGCCGACAUGCGUGAGUGUAUCAGCAUCCAUGUGGGGCAGGCGGGCGUACAGAUGGGCAAUGCCUGCUGGGAGCUGUACUGCCUCGAGCACGGCAUCGCUCCGGACGGCACGAUGCCCUCCGACAAGACCGUGGGCGAGGGCGACGACUCCUUCACCACCUUCUUCAGCGAGACGGGGGGCGGCAAGCACGUCCCCAGGGCUGUCUUUGUGGACCUUGAACCCUCCGUGAUAGAUGAGGUCAGAACAGGAGCAUACAGACAGUUGUUCCACCCUGAGCAGCUCAUCACCGGGAAGGAGGACGCUGCCAACAACUACGCUCGUGGCCACUACACCAUUGGCAAGGAAAUUGUGGACAUUGUGCUGGACAGGACCCGUAGGCUGGCUGAUCAGUGCACGGGCCUACAGGGAUUCCUGGUGUUCCACUCCUUCGGCGGCGGCACAGGCUCAGGCUUCACUUCCCUCUUGAUGGAGCGCCUCUCCGUGGACUAUGGCAAGAAGAGCAAGCUGGAGUUCGCCAUCUACCCGGCUCCCCAAGUGGCUACAGCAGUGGUGGAGCCCUACAAUGCCAUCCUGACAACACACACGACCCUGGAACACUCUGAAUGUGCCUUCAUGGUGGACAACGAAGCCAUCUACGACAUCUGCCGCCGCAACAUGAACAUCGAGCGACCCACCUACACCAACCUCAACCGUCUCAUCGGCCAGGUUGUGUCCUCCAUCACAGCAUCCCUGAGGUUUGAUGGGGCCCUAAAUGUUGACCUAACAGAGUUCCAGACCAACUUGGUGCCCUACCCAAGGAUCCACUUCCCUCUGGUGACCUAUGCGCCCGUCAUCUCAGCAGAGAAGGCUUACCAUGAGCAGAUUUCAGUUGCAGAGAUCACUAAUGCCUGCUUUGAGCCUGCCAAUCAGAUGGUCAAGUGUGACCCACGCCACGGCAAGUACAUGGCUUGUUGUCUGCUCUACCGAGGGGAUGUUGUGCCCAAGGACGUCAAUGCUGCCAUCGCCACCAUCAAGACUAAACGCACCAUCCAGUUUGUGGAUUGGUGCCCCACUGGCUUCAAGGUGGGCAUCAACUACCAGCCGCCCACCGUCGUCCCCGGCGCAGACUUGGCCAAGGUGGCACGAGCUGUUUGCAUGCUCUCCAACACCACCGCCAUCGCCGAGGCCUGGGGACGCUUGGACCACAAGUUUGAUCUCAUGUAUGCCAAGAGAGCCUUUGUGCACUGGUACGUCGGGGAGGGCAUGGAGGAAGGAGAGUUUUCCGAGGCACGAGAGGACUUGGCGGCUCUGGAGAAGGACUACGAGGAGGUGGCCCUCGACAGUGCAUUGGAUGAUGAGGAGGAAGCCGAGGAGGAGAUGUAACAUGGAGGGAGACACAAGGAAGAUAUGUAACAAAGACUCAAGCAAAGAGAUGAAGAUUAAACAAAGACAAAAAAGAAAUGAUGGAGCAAAAACACAGAUGAAAAGGAGAAUUUACUGUCAUGACACCCAAGGAAAAAAGCUGUGAUAGAGGUGAUGUAACAGACACAAGCGAGGAAGAGAUGCAUCACAGAAAUAAACAGUGAAGAGGAAAAGAUAUGACAGACAACCAAGGAAGAUGAGGAUAUACAGCAGAGACCCGAGCAGCAUAAGAAGAGCUCUCUAACAUCCCAACUAACACAUUUCUAUCCCUGCCUGCUUCAUGAAGAUAUUCCCUUCACCCAAACACUGCACCCUAGCUGAUGAAGGGGGUCUAAGAAGAGAUGAAUAAGAAGCAACAUAGGGAGAUGUUUCUACCACUACCAUCCCUAGUACAUUCUUCCGUCCCUCCCUGAGUCAGAACUUUGGAUGACGAGGAAAUUCAGUGCAAGAUAUAACAUGGAGAGCUAACCAAUGCAAGCAGGUGUUGUCUUCACCACCACAACCAACACCACUGACACAGUCCUCCCUCCCUCCCUGCUUCAUGGAGAUGUCGUCACUCAGCCACAUCUACUUUAGGUUACCCAAACACCCUUGUUGCUAAUGCUUAAGUGCACUGCAGGGAGGGGGCUGUGAAUGGUCAGUGGUGUCAACAUUCCACAUGAAAUGAUUAACGUUACACAGUGGCAGAGAAGGAAAAUUACUAUCGAAGUAUUUGUACUUUGAUAUAAGAGACAAAAUCAGAACUCAGCAUUAGGUUGCAGGCAAAAAUGUCAAUCAGCCUUACUUUAAAAUCAUGACUCUGUAGCUCUUUUCCACAAGGCAAGUCACAUGAGGUAGGGGGAAGGGAGUGAUUGAGUUGGGGAUAAAAAGUCAGGGUAGGAGAGUGAAUUAGGUUGCAGGCAAAAAUGUCAAUCAGCCUUACUUCAAAAUCAUGACUCUGGAGCUCUUUUCCACAAGGCAAGUCACAUGAGGUAGGGGGAAGGGAGUGAUUGAGUUGGGGAUAAAAAGUCAGGGUAGGAGAGUGAAAAAUGAACUUGCGGGAAGUGAGAAUGAAAUGACAGGGGAGGAGAGUAACUGCCUUGUGAAAAGGGGCCACAAAUCACAAUUGAUCAAUAUUUUUUUGUUUACAAUUGUACACUUGCCCCCUGUCUGCUUACCCACCCAGCUAAUUUCAGAUGCACUUCCUUCCAAACAUGGAGGACAGUUCCUCAGUAAGAUACACUUCAGAAAAUCAACAGAGCCCUGAACAUGAAACUGAAAUACAUUAAGAAGCUUUAAGGCAAAAAAUGUAUUGAAUGCAUGCAAGAAAAGCUAGGAAGGAGGGGUUGACUGGGUGAGAUAACUUGUGUGUACAUCAGCCCUCAAGCUCUAAAAGUCCCACCAAGUUUGCUGCUCUUCUCUUUCUAGCAAAGGAAAUGUAUGAAUCACUGUGUAACUCUAAUGGCUACAAAUGCACAGAAAAAAGCUACUGAA